AUGGACGUCUGGGAGGAGCUUCAUUGGCGCUUCUUCGAGGAGCUGAAAGAAUCCUUGAGGCUCUUAAAGAAGGAGGCGGGCAGGGAGACGAUGUCCUUGUCCGAUAUCAAGUUCUUCGCGCUCAUGCCCAACGCGACGGGCACUGCAUGGUUGGAGCUGCCCCGCACCUUUGACCUGAGGUUCCCGGACGGCUGGUUCAUGACGGAAGUCCUGCCGCGCAUUGAGAGAAAGCAGGAGCGUAUGUUAUGGCGUCUGACCUGGGAAGGCACUCGGAGCGCGAAGCCCUCUGCCCAUGCGGGCGGGGACCAGAAAGCUGAGGUGGCACCAAAGCCGACCGUCAAGAACUUGUGGGGCCCCAAGUUGACCACUGAGGAGGUGAACAAGGCGAAGGAGAGGGCCCCCGUCGAUCGGGAGGGUCUCUUGCUGUGCUGGGGCGCGUUGACACACAUGGGCUGCAGCAACUUAGCAUGUGGCCGCUCUCACUCUGACCUUCAGGGCAAGUUCGAGGCGCUCGACCCCUGCGUGCAGAUCCAGUUGCUUCGUCGAGGGGGCCUUCGGAGGAUGAAGCCCGAGACAAAGGAGUCGGUGGCGGAGAAGAUCAAGGUCAUCCGGGCCGCCGUCGCGAAGGAUAAGGCGUCCAAGAUUACCGACCGGAAGUCGGGCCACGGGGAGGAGGAGCCACCCGGCGAGACACGAGCUGGCGGCGAGAAGGUGGUGCAGUUCGAGGAGAUCCCGGAGGAGUUCGGCGCGGUGGACUACACGAUUGCGGAGGAGGACCUGCGCGCCACCGAGGCUGCGAAGGGUGAGUCCGCACCGCAAGAAGCGAAGGACCUCGUGGCGCAGGCCGAGAGCCUCGCCAAUGGCCCUGUUCUGGGCAAGCUCCACAACGCCUCCGACGAUCUGUUUGCAUGGGCGGCCACUCGUGUCGCUGUGGCCCCUCAUGCUUCCUUGGAAGACAUCCUCGGCGAGAUGGCCACGUAUGGCAUCGGUGAAAUGGCGGCUGAGGCUACCGACAUCCUGGAGGCACAGUGCGGCGCCCGAGCUGGUUCGUCCGGGGGCAUUCAGGUGUCAGCGGUGGUCUGGGAGUCCGGGUGCCCGGGCAAAGCCACCGCAACAAUCGAAGGGGUUGUCUGGACCGUGUGGGACUACAAGGAGGAGGUCCGGAUGUCGGAGGAGCUCGCGGGGAUGCUACAGCAGCCGGAGGAGGCUAUCGAGAAGCGGCAGUGUGUCACGAAGGCGAUCGCAGCGGGCAUCCUGUGGAGGCAGCUAGCAAGGCAGCCAAACCCGGGCGAGGUGGAGGCUAAGGCAUUGGAGCUGCGUAUGGAGCAGACCAGGCUGGCGCUCGAGGCGCAGGCGGUGAUGGGCGAGCCGGCCCACAAGGUUGCCCCUAUCGAGGCCGAGAUCCGCAUCUACACCCACGACACCGUGCGCGCCAACCAUGACAAGGACUUUCGAUCAUUGGCGGUGUUUCCUCUUUUGGAUCUGGAGGACUGCAAGCUGGUCGUUGUGAGGGCGGACUACAAGGGCGACGUGGUGGUGGAGACCGUGACUGGCCCUUUGUGGCGGGAUGAUGGCUGGACUUUGUGGACUUUGAUUUGGAGGGGCCACAUGGUGUUUCUCGAGCCCCCGCCAAGCCUGCAAGCGGAGAUCUUUCUGGACCGCUGGCAACCCUACGAUACACCUGCUUUGGGCUUCUUGUUUUUCUGGCACACCAGGCAUGAUCAGGAGCGCACUUCCCCGGGCCUGGUCCAGUGUCGGCUAUGCAAGGGCCGCAAGGCCGGCGACGCCGUGGUGCAUGUGCGCAGGGAAAGUAACUUGGCAGCAGCGGCCAUCGUGGGCUGCAUCCGGGCGGGUUCGCGUCCCAACUUCGACAAGCUCAGCGUGCGGGGCCACGGACUGUGUUUCCAGGAGGUCUUUGCGGGGGCCGGCGUUAUGACCAAGGGUUGGUCCGAUGCAGGCGUUCGGGUGCUCGAGCCGGUGGAGCUCUGGGAGGACCCGUUUCAGCGUGUUGGCCACCGUCCGGAGCAUGAUCUUUCUCGAGGCGAAGUCCAGAAGCGCAUGCUGUACCUAGCCAGUGGGGGCGAGGCCAACGUGUGGUGGAUUGCGCCUCCAUGUACCAGCUUCUGUGAUUGGGGCGCCCAGAACGGUGGCACGCGUACUUUCCGGUGCCCUUGGGGUGGCGCUCAAGAUCAACCCCACAAAGAGGUGGAGCUCCAGGGCAACAUGCUGAGCAAGGUGGCGGCGGAGCUCUUCAUGUGCGCUCUCCGCCACGGCGCCUUUCCCAUCGUCGAGUCGUCGGGCUCUUCAGGCCGCUAUCCCAAGAUGUGGGACCUUCCUUGGUGGCGUGAGAUCUUGGCCAGGCCCGACGUUCAGUUCGUGGAGUUCCCCAUGUGUGCCUUUGGCCUGGGCCCGCCCGACGGCGACGGCUACUACCACCAUCGCACCCGGGUGGCGUUUCCUCGCUGCGAGGCCUUGGCUUCAGCUUUGUCGCGGUGUUGCCCAGGUGUUGGAGCUUCUCAUCGGCAUGUUCCUUUGGCGGGAGUUCGUCCAGGCGCGUCCCGGUCACGAUGCGCCGAGGCCGGUGUGUACCCACAGGAGUUCGUGCGGGCUGUUGUCUCUACUUUGCAGCAAACUUUGGUGGCUGGGGGGGGACAGGACGAUGAGCCACAGGAGUCCGCGGAGGAAACCAGAGCCGGCGGUGAUAUGACGAGCUUGUGGGGUAGAAAGAUUGGCGCCCGCCAUGGAUGGCUGGAUGAGCUUGAUGACGUCGAGGCUUCGGAGGAGACAAGGGCUGGCGGGGUGGAGCUCUACAGCGCACCCUCGGAGGACGCGAAGUUCGCGGCCAAGCAGUACAUCGAGCUCACCGGGAAGGCCGGGCCGGGAUGCCCUGGGGCUUGGAAGCGAGUUUGUGAAGGAGGCGAGUGCCUGGUUCGCAAAGCUGGGUCGGUGAGGCUGGCGGCAGAGAGCUUGUGGGCGGUUCGCGAGGAGGAGGGGCUCAAUAACUUGCGGGGCGUUGACGAGGCAGGUUUGGAUACCGUGCUGCACCCCGACCUCCUGGACUACCUUCGUGACGUACGCAAGAGGGGCCUUGCCGCAAGGUUUGUGGGCCAGCGACAGAGAUGCCAAGCCAAAGUGCACCCAAACGGGCGCAGGAACCUGUCACAGGUCUACCGCCAGAUCUGGAAGGACGUGGGCAAGCUGAGGGUGCUGGUGGUGCCGUCUCAUUUGGAAAACAUGGGUCCCGUGGUCUCCAGCCCGUUCGAUGCUGUGGAUAAGAUGCUCCCGGACCGCUCGAUUGCCCCCGACAAGCGCAUCGUCCACGACCAAAGGCUAAUCAACGAGGGCACCCACAAGGACUGGCACCCACCGGCGGUACAACCACGACAUGAACAGGUGGCCAGACUGGUUCUGUUUGCCAAGUCCCAGCUGCCUGGUGUUGAGGUCCUCAUGAGCAAGAAGGAUAUCGCUGGUGCGUUUCGGCUGUUGUGGGUUGACCCCAAGGACGUGGAGCUGUUUGCGGGUGACCUCCCGUGGGCUCCGGAGGAGAUGGAGGAUGGUGAGGAUGUGGCCGGCGAGGGCAUGACCAUCGUCUAUUUGGUCAGCUCCUUCGGCUUUUCCGGCUCCCCGGAGAGUGGACAGUGUGGGGCAAGGCGGGACCUGUCUUGGUCCUUCGAGAGCCGCAUCUUGGUCGAUGACAACGUGCUGGUGGAGCCCCUGAUCGGCUUGAGGCCCUGGGUGGCGAGCGAGGUCUACGAGCUGGGGGUGAAAACGCUAUUGGGCGAGGCGGCGGUGAACCGCGAGAAGGACUUGAUCGAAGGGCCCUUCCGGACGUUUCAGACCGUGUGGGGCCUCGACAUGGACACGGCCACAGAGGAGAUCCACUUACCGGAGCGCCGGAUCCUCAAAGGCGCUCACUUGCUCAACGACGGGGCCUUCGAGUAUGGUUGCAAGGACUUGACGGUCAGGACGGUGCAACGUUUUCGGGGCAUCGCCGCCGGGUGGACGGUCAUCGUGCGGGGCCUCAAGAAUGAACUCAAGGCCGCGGAUCGGUUCUUGUGCGGAGGCUGCGACGGCGGCGCCAAAGUUAGCCCGAAGCUGUGGGUGCCCGGUGACGAGGAGGAGAUCGAGCAGGCAUGGUGCGACCUUUGGGAGCUGUUCGAGGAGUCGAGGUGGCUAUGUGCGAGGCCGGAGACGUGGUCUACAAAGUUUGGCGCGAGCAUGAGAGAGCUGCUCCCGAUCAGGGAACGACUGGCCUUACCAGGCGAGUGGGAGGCCGGCACCAUUUUCGUGUCAUCGGAUGCGACCAAGGUUAUGAUCGCCGCCAUCGACUGGACCACUGGAGUGGUGAUGCGGAUGAAAGCAAAGGCGGCAGCCGAGUGGGUGCAGCGAUGCGGCGAGGACGAGGAGGUGGCCAUCCACGUCGCGGAGAUGCUAUCGUUCCUCGCCUUUGCGUGCAAGGUCGGGGAGUUCUGGAAGGGCAAAGUCGUCAUCUACGGCGGGGACAAUAAGAUCGUGAAGGAGUGGAUCACCGGCCGAAAGGCCGGAACCCGUGUGGGCCGCAUGCUGGUGAGGGUUAUGAACCUGCUGGAGAUGCGCUUCCGUUUCGCAUUGGUGGCUACCUGGUGGCGUACGUUCCACAAUAUCCACGCGGACUUCCUGACCAGGUGCUCCGAUGCGGAGUUCCAGGCCAUCGUGGAGGAGAAAGGGUGGGCCGUCGUCGAUGUGACCAAUGCCCUUCGUCAGGCUCUCGUCGACUCCGAGCGCUUCGGCCCGUGUUUGCUUGCCUGGGGCGAAGAGGAUAGAAGAGUGCUUAUGCAACUGAAAGAGAGGAGGCUGCGGCGGGCAGUGCCCCACACCAUCAGCCCGACGUGGGGUGAGUUCUGUGCAGUGGAGCUGUGUGGAUCCGGACGUGUCGUCAAGGACUUCGUCAAUGCGGUGGAGGCCGUUGGGGGCUGCUGCCGUUCGGCUCCUUGGUCUGGUGCUGUGCUACGGGAUGAGGUCGUCUUCGCGUCCCUGCCUCCGGAUGUCCAUGCGAAGACGGUGGUGGCGGUCUGUACGGCCGCGAUCGAGGGGCCGGCCCGGUUCGUUGUGAUCGAAGGGCCUCGUCAAGUUGCCUGGGAACAGGCGGCGAAGGUUUUCGAGCGGGCCAUGUGGGACAACGAGACCCAGGAGUUCCUCACCACCGAGUUCGGGGAGAUCGCUGUGAGGCGGAGGAAAUGGUAG